CGAAGAAGAAGUACUUACUCUGUUCAGGGGUUACGGUAUUAGAAGCGCAGAAGGAUUGCGUGUGUUUAGUGCUGAAAACUGGAGGAUCCACUAAGAAAGGCGAAUUAAUCAAACUGUUGACUUCUUCCAAUGGUGCUGACGAAGUUUCGCGGAACAAGGUUUUCAACAUCGAG